UAGGUAGGUUGGUUGGUACAAAAUGUACUUUUCUUCUUCUUGCUUUGUAUUGCUAUUCAUUGUUUGCUUGUUUGUUUUUGUAGGUGGAGUCUGGUUCCGUCUAUUGUUGUUGCUGCUGCGCCUGGUGCCAGCCAGCCAGCAGCAGACGGGGAUCAUUCCGUGAAUGUAACCGUUAACUGCUGGGGUUCAUGCCGUUUCAUUGUCUAAAAACAGUUUCAGUGUUUAACCCGUGCAAAGCCAUAAUAGCAACGGAUUGUUUUAGUAACGCUUCAUCAUUAUCAUUGCCAACGACGUCUUAAGCAAUUGUCGGAUCUUUCUUCCCCCACCAAAACAGAAAAACGCAAAGCAAAGCAAAACAAUUGAAAAGAAUUUUAAUAAAAUUACCAAAAAAAGAAAAACGCGACGGCAAAUAACAUUUUGAGCAUUCCCAUUUAAGAAAAACAACCACCAACCAAUAAAAAAUAAAUCAACUAUUGUUUUUCUAAAUCUAACAAUUGUUCUUGCAUUUAUAUACAAAAUUAAUUCUCUAUUGUUUUAACAAAAAAACAAAGAUAAUAAAAAAUAAUCAAAGAAAUAUUGUCCCCAAAGAAAAAAAUGAAAAUAAAACAAAUGAUUUACAACUAAUUAUGCACUUAUAUAAUCCGGGCUUGUGGCCAGAACGUGUAAAAAUUAUUACAAAAAAGUGUCUGCAAAGAAACGUUUCAACUACAUCUCACUGCAAAUUUGUCACUGAACGAGGAUACAAGGAAUACCUGGGAUAUAAGUAAUAUCAUAGCAGUUUGAUCGCAUUUGUAUCCAGUUUGUGGAAUAUGGUUAUAUUAAAUGCCUACUGCUUCAAUUCGCGCAAACAGCAACAGAUGAACAUGGGCCACAGAUCGAAACGGGACUGGGACAUCAACGAUGCUGUUGUGCCGCAGGUGAAUGACACCGACUUCGAUGAGUUCAGCGAAUGGACCGAUGGCCAUGUUCGCCUGAUCUACCCCCUGAACAAUGAAGAGGCAAAGAAACACAUCUCCGGUUGGGCUAUGCGCAACACCAACAAUCACAAUGUGAAUAUUCUCAAGAAGAGCUGUUUGGGGGUCUUGGUGUGCUCCCAAAAUUGUACCCUGCCGAAUGGCAAUAAAAUCAAUUUACGUCCAGCCAUUUGUGAUAAGGCACGACGCAAGCAGGAAGGCAAAGCCUGUCCGAAUAAAACAUGUCGUGGUGGUCGUUUGGAAAUUAAACCCUGUCGGGGGCAUUGUGGCUAUCCGGUGACGCACUUUUGGAGGCAUUCGAAUAAUGCGAUAUUUUUCCAAGCCAAGGGUGUGCAUGAUCAUCCUAAGCCGGAACCGAAAAAUUCAAGUGUUUCGAAGAGGGCAUUUGGUAGAGUAUCAACGGUGCCACGUAAUGGCAACGGGGCAGGGGGAAGGGGUGGCAAAAAGGCAGGUUUGGUGGGUGGCAGUGGGGGGUUGAGCACAAGUCUCCGGCAAAUGAAGGCCCACAACAGCUUUCUAAAUAAGGUUUUGAAACGUUCCAAUAAGACAGCUGCAACGGCGCCCAUUACCCAUACCACGGCCUUGGAGAUCUAUCAGUUUAACACCUGCAGCAAAUGUUCCACCCGAAACCAGUGCACCUGUGUCCUGGACCCUUUGGCAAAUCCCUCGACACUGAACUACACCUCCACGCCCCUGAAUCACUAUGAAAGUCUGGCCGCCUCGGGACCCCAUCAAAAUUACACCCACAGUCACAAUGUCUAUAAUGCCAUUGAAAAUGUCAAUCCGAAAUGUGAGCCACCACCGCCAACAGCUCUGCUAACCGUCAAUCAUCAACACAUAACCUACAAUUAUCCAAUUUAUCAUACCCCUGCAGCUCCCAUUCUCAGUGCCAGUGCAUCUGUGAAUUCGUCUCCAAAAUCAAAUUCCGAUCAACAUUCCUGUAUGGCAACAUCACCGAACAUGGGCAUGCAUGGAGCCCACUAUAACACCCCACAAGAGGAUUCAAAAAUAUCCUCUGCAAAUUAUCACCACUACCAUCAUCAUCAUCAUGGCUCUGCAGCAGCUGUGACGGCCAGCUACCCCAGUGAGGCGUCCUUGUGUUACAACAACAACUGUGAAACCAUUAACUAUAAUCAAAGUUCGGCUUAUGACUAUGAUGUCUAUGCUGCGAAGCACAUGACCACCACCACCCAACAUUCUGCAGAACACCACACCACCGCGGAACCUGCUGAAUAUAUCAAUUAUUCCGAAUUAAAAUGCUCCACCAUGCGUCCACCUACUACCAACCAUCAUCCAGCCGAAGUGACCAACAAUGAACCGGAAUUUAUAAACUACUCCGAGUUGAAACAUUUUCCCCAUAUCAUGGAUUCCGCAACGGCAGAAAUUAAACCCAGUAAAAUCAAUGAAACAGACACUUCCACAUCGAGCUACUCCGAGAUUCCCAACACUGCGACGGCGGCGACUCGAACGGCCAAUGAUGCAUAUGAAACUUGUUACUACAGCUCCUCCAUACGUCCAACUAAAGUUGAAAAAUCUAAAGAGAAAUAUGCGGAACCCAGCCCCACAGCGUCAGGGUCUUACAAUUACGAUACCCUUAAUCACCAACACUAUCCUGGCAGUGGUAACUAUUUUGCCAAUUUCACAUCGAUGGGAAGUAAUGCCACACAUAAUAUACCCCAUCAAUAUGGAAAUAUGCACAAUUACUAUGAUUCGGGGACAACAACAUCACCCACAGCUUCAUCCCUGCAUUCUCAUCAUCACCAUGUACCAUCAUCUUCGGCGGCGGCAAACACUAAUGCGCAUCACCACUCAUCUGUUUAUGAAUACAAUGGCUCCACAACUUCAUCCUCCUCCUACAUAUCCCCCUAUGCCUAUGAUCAAAUGUCAAGUCGCAGUUCGGGAUUAGUGGGGGCGGCAGCAUCUGCCUCAGCACCAUGUCACACCUAUGCUCAUUAGUAUUAUUUGCAAGUUCUAUUUUUUAUUAGGUUUUAAUUAUUUAAUAUUUAUAAAAAAAAGUGUAAGAUUUUGUUGGAAAUUGAUUGUAUGUAUGUUAAUUCCUUAUGGAG